AUGGAGGGGUUCCUGUCCACGUUUCAACCGUACAACGUCUGCGCUCCCCCAGCUCAGGGCGGCAGCUGGGGGAAGAGAGAUGGCCGGUUCAUGACCCCCCAAGGCCUCAACUACCUCGAGCUAUGCAAGGUCAUCCUAUCCCAAGUCAACCCCGGUUUGCAAGCUCCACUCAAAAGAGCAAACACCAAAGAGUGCGGCGUGCAAGUAAACGCCAAAGUGGAUCAAAUAGUCCAGUGCUCACUGGGUCCCAAAACGCUGUUUUGCCUUGAAGGCGACCAGUAUGUUCCUUCGAAGUCUCCCAAGAGCCCGGAUCUGUUGAAGCAGGACGGGAUGGUGCCGUACAGCACACCGCCGGUGAGCAACCUGCGCUUCCUGAGGCCCGUUUCCAUCUACUCGCCGGUGUUUGACCGCAGGAUCCCCCUCAGGAAACUGGGCGAUGAUGAUGGAAGUGAGGGAGAGACUGAAGCUGCUGAACAUGUGGAGUCUGACAGGGAGGCUGAGGCGGAUCGAAGCGGCGAGGAUACAGGGAAAGACUCUAAAACAGCUGCGCAUCAGUCCUCCAAGGGAUCCAACUUUCAGUUCCUGGAGCAGAGGUACGGCUUUUUCCACUGCAAAAAGUGCAACAUCCGGUGGGAGAGUGCUUAUGUAUGGUGCAUAUCUGGAACCAGCAAGGUGUACUACAAGCAGCUCUGCCGGAAGUGUCAGGUGGGGUUUAACCCAUACAGAGUGGAGUCCAUCCUCUGUAAGGGCUGCUCUCAGACUUGCUGCAACUGUGAGAAGAAGCAGAGACACAUCAACAUGAGGAGGCCUCACCGCCAGGACCUGUGUUGUCGUUGCAAGGGAAUGAGGCUGUCCUGUGACGCCACCUACAGCUUCAAAUACAUCGUCUGA